AUUCAGGAGGACAACCUGCUGGCACAGCUGGUGCAGAACGGAAGGAGAGUGGUCUUCAUGGGUGAUGACACAUGGGAAGGACUCUUCCCAAAGAAGUUCUUCCGCUCUUAUUUCUUCCCUUCUUUUAACGUGAAGGAUCUUCACACUGUGGACAAUGGGAUCCUGCAGCAUCUCUAUCCAACUGUUGACAGUGGUGAAUGGGACGUGCUGAUUGCUCACUUCCUCGGCGUGGACCACUGUGGGCACAAACACGGACCUGACCAUCCUGAAAUGGCGAAGAAGCUCACCCAGAUGAAUGAGAUGCUCAGGUCCUUGGUGGAUCACCUGGGGAAUGACACCCUUCUUCUGGUGGCUGGGGACCAUGGCAUGACAGACACCGGAGACCAUGGCGGCGACAGUGAGAAGGAAGUGAAUGCAGCACUGUUUGUGUACAGCAAAACAGCCCUAUUUGGCACUGGCCCUCCAGAGGAGCCUGAGGCCAUUCCCCAAGUGAACCUGGUGCCCACUGUGGCCCUGCUGCUGGGUGUGCCCAUCCCCUACAGUAGCAUCGGGGAGGUGAUGGCUGAGCUGUUCUCCGGGGAUGGCGACACUGUGUCUGCAGCCUUGCAGCAGCUCUCGGUCUAUCACAUCAACGCCAAGCAGGUGGACCGCUUCCUGCACUCCUACUCACUGGUGGCUCAGGACCUGCCAGCAGAGCAACUCCAGCACCUGCAGGAGCUCUUCUCUGGUGCUGUGGAGGAGCACGCUCAGCUCUUGGCCCAGGUGCAGGGAGCAACACCGGUGCCUCCGGAGCUGGAGUCCAGGCUGAGAAGCCUCAUCAGUCGCUUCCAGCUCUACCUGCGGGAGGCACGGGCUGUGUGCACCCAGUCCUGGGCCCGCUUCCACCUGCUGCGUAUGGUGGGGGGCUGCACCCUUAUUGCUGCUUCCUGCUUGCUCUGCUACAUUGCCUCAGACCUGGCCACAGCAUCGGACUCUUUCUAUCGCAGCUGCCUCCUGUACCCACUGUUCUGGGGCCUUGUGGUGGCUGUUCUGCUUGGACUGGCCCAUGCAUUCACCCGGGAGGGGCUGGAUCUCCUCCUGGUGGUGUCAUGCACAGCCGCUGCUUCUCAGCUGGGUUUUUUCUGGCACUGGUGGGGCCAGCAUCCUAAGCGAGCCCGUUUGGUGGGCAGUCAGCCACCCUUGGCCAGCGCUGGCCUGAGGCAGAGGCUGCGAGAAUGGCUGGGGCUGGCCUUCCCCAUGAGCAUUCUGCUCUUCCGCUGCGGAGCUAUGUUCUCUGAUAGCUUUGUGGUGGCUGAGGCCCGGGUGGCCCCCUUCCUGCUGGCCUCGCUGGUGGUGGUGUUAGUAGGGAAGCUCCACUGGGACGGUCGCCUGACUGUGCCCGAAGGCCCCAAGCCGCAGCUCCUUGGCUUUUCUUCUUACCGGAGAGAGAUCUGGUACUUGCUGUGCCUCGUGGCCAUGCUCCUGCUCUGUGUGCGCCUCUCCGGUUUCUUCCACCAGUGCCGUGAAGAAAUCCCUCAGUGCCGGCCCUCUCUUUUCCUCUCCCCCCUUGCCAGCCUGAGAAACACACGGGCCAAGAACCUCUUUUACCUCCUGUGCGUGGCCUUGCUGGCUGGACUGGUGGUCCUCUGCAUGGCCUGCUAUUGGGCCGUUGCCUCCAGUGCUGACGACUCUCUUGGCAAGCUGCAGGAGCUGGUGCAGGUGGCAGUUGUUGCCUUUCCGUGGGCUGUCUAUGGACUAGUGUCCGUGGGGCUGCUGCUCCUGCUGUGCAAUCCCAUGACGGUGUUUGCAGAGGACACACGGGAGUCGGCAGGAUCCAUCGUCACGCCCUACUUGGGGGUUCCCAGCUCUGAAGUCGACUUCCUCCACGUCAUCCCUCAGAUCUACAGGAGGAUGCAGGAGUCUCAGAAAAGCCGCCUGGAGCGGGGCAGCUGCAGGGCCACCAUUGCAGCGUAUGGGCUGGGCAGCGUGUACUCGGCAGCCCUGGUCAUAGCACUCACCCUGCUGGGCUUCCUCUUGAUGCUUCUGCAUAGUGAGCGGCUGAGUCUUGCCUUUCUGCUCCUCUUCCUGGAGGCCUUCGUGCUACUGCACAUCCACACACGUGCCAGAGGCCUUGCUGGAGACGCUGAGCCUUUUUCGGUGUCCUGGUACGCAGUCAUCUCCUGGCUCCUUGCUGCUUCCCAGUUCUUCUAUUCCACAGGCCACCAGCCCAUCCUCCCAGCCAUCCACUGGAACGCAGCCUUUGUGGGCUUCCACCUUGACCACAGCACGAAUCUCCUUCCUGCUCUCCUGGUGGGCGCCAACACCUUUGCCUCCCAUAUCCUCUUUGCAGUUGGCGUCCCUCUGCUCCUGCUUUGGCCCUUUGUGUGUGAGAUGCCCAGCUCGCAGAAGAGGAAGCCCAGGAAGGAGCCCCGGGAGGAGCUGCAGGAGAUGGAGGAGCACAUGAUGGAGAUGAGGCUGCGGGAAUCCCCGGAGAAGUUCUCCACUGCUCUGCUGCAGCUGGGGCUGAAGUAUCUCUUUGUCCUUGGGACACAGCAUCUGGCCUGUGUUUGUGCAGCUAUGAUCCUCAGGAGGCACCUCAUGGUCUGGAAGGUCUUUGCCCCAAAGUUCCUCUUUGAGUCGCUGGGCUUCGUGGUGAGCAGCAUCUGCCUCCUGCUGGGGAUCUCCCUGGUGAUGCGUGUGGACUGUGCUGUCAGCACCUGGUUCAGCCAGCUUCAGCUCAGGUAG